AAUGACCAAAGGAAACUCAGUCUUCCACUCACUCUAUAAAUCUUGAAGAACAUACAGUUUCCUUCUCAUCUCAUCAUAAACCAAAAACCACCAAAAAAAAAAAUGAUGGGGUGUGGGUGUGGUUUGUUACUACAGUUCUGCAAAUGUGACUGUCUAUCUAGUUGGUUGCAAAAGGUUUGCAAUGAAGAGUGUAUGUUUGCAUUAUUCAAUAUGAUGAUCAAUGUCCCAAAAGAAAUUGCAUUCCUUAAAGAGGAAAUGGAAAAACUGAAUUUACACAUCAGUGAAGCAAGAGAGAAAGUGGCUGCAGCUGAAGAAGGCGACAGACGUAAACACAUGAAAGAGAAAGCGACAGAUCUGACAAGAUUAUAUUUUCGCAUUGAAGAUGUCAUCGAUGAAUGGAAUUCGUAUUAUCAACAUGAAAAGAGAUGUGAAAUGGGAUGUGUGACUUUACCCAGUGAGUGUGAGAGAAUUAAAUGUGUCAACACUAGGUGUUAUGUUCGUCUUCAAAUAGCGGUUGAGAUUCGAGGCAUUAAAUUAAAUCUCGUUGAAAUCAACGAUAAAACUAAAAUCAACUCUUCUUCAGAACAAGGAACAAAUGGUUCUACAGAAAACCCAGAUGAGGCAUGGAAGAUUCUUCGUCGGAGUCCUUACAUGAGCCAAACAAAAAUUUUGGGAUUCGAAGCCCAAAAUGGUAAAUUGAUUGGUUGGUUGGAAGAUGGAAAUGAAAAUCGCAGCGUCUUGGUUGUGGUAGGAAUGGCAGGGCAGGGUAAAACCACUCUUGUCAAGGAAAUUUUUGACAACGAGGAAGUUAUUGGGAAGUUCAAGUGCAACGUUUGGAUCUGUGUAUCAGAUUUUGACUCUCCAGAGAAAUUCUUCAGGUUCAUGUUGAAGAAGUUUUUACAACCAACAGAGGAAGAAGAGGAAAAGGAUAAUCUUCCUCAUGGCUUCUAUACAAUGAAUCUAAAUUCUUUGAGAGAUAAAGUGAAAAAACACUUGCACAAACAGAGGUAUGUUCUCUUCUUUGAUGAUGUGUGGGACACAAACUUUUGGCAUGAAAUUAAACAUACCUUAAGUGAUGAGAAAAAUGGAAGUAGGAUAAUUAUAACCACAAGGAACGAAGAAGUUUUUAAGACUUGUAAGAGAUCUUCUCUUGUUGAUGUUCAAGUGCAUAAUAUGCAACCUUUAACUGAUAAAUUAUCUGAGGAGCUCCUUUGUCAUAUUGCGUUCAAACCUGAUGUUGUUAUUCCGAAAAAAGUUGAAGGAUUAUGUUCUCAAAUUUUGAAAGCGUGUGGUGGUUUACCACUAGGAAUUGUGGCCAUUGGUGUGCAUGUAGAUGACAAGAGUCUUCCCUCAUUUCGAUGGAAAAGUAUAAUUGAAAACACAUGCAUUACACAAACAUUAGCUUUGAGUUAUGAUAACCUGCCUAAUUAUCUUAAACCAUGCUUAUUGUAUUUUGGAAUUUUCCCUCAUGAUUAUGGUAUUAAAUCAAAGAGGCUAAUUCGACAAUGGAUUGCAGAAGGGUUUGUGUUUGUAAACAAUGAAAAUCAAAAUGAGAAAACUUUUGAGGAAGUUGCUCAAGACUAUUUAACAAAUCUAAUUGACAGAAAUUUGGUGCAAGUAUCUUCAUUUGCCAUUGAUGGAAAACCUAAAAGUUAUCGUGUUCAUUACCUAAUACAUGAUAUGAUCCGUAGAAAAUUUGAGGAUUUGUCUUUUUGUAAAUGUAUAAAUGAAUACAUUGAAUCAAAUCAAAAUGAGAUAACUAGGCAUCUAUCAAUAGCAACCAAUUCUUGUGAAAGUUUUGUAGAUGAGAUUGAAAGUUCAUUCAUCCGAUCAGUACAUUUCUUCACAGAUGAAGAAUUAUCUAUAGACUUUGUGAGCAAAAUUCCUUCAAAAUACAAGAAAUUGAAGGUGCUUGAUUUCGAAGAUUCUAAAGUGUCUUAUGAUUUGAAAGAUUUGGGAAAUUUGAUCCACUUGAAGUACUUAAGCUUCAGGAACACAAAAGUAAAAAAUCUUCCAAAAUCGAUUGGAAAACUUGUGAACUUAGAGACUUUGGAUCUAAGAGGAUCAGAUGUAAAUGAGAUACCAGAAGAGGUUAGCAUGCUUAGAAAGCUACGACAUCUACUUGGUGACAAAAUGUCGUUGAUUCAAUUGAAGGACAAAAUUGGAAGCAUGUUAUCCCUAUUAACACUAUGUGAUGUGAAAGUAGAUGAGAGAGUAGGCCUAAUUGAAAAAGGGCUGGAAAAGCUGCGAAAAAUAAAGGAUUUGGGGUUGACUGAGGUUAUGGAAGGACAUGGAAGUUAUCUAUGUUGUGCAAUAAAUAAAAUGAAACGUCUGGAGAAACUAAGUAUUGUUGCAAAGUCUGAAAAUGAUGUAAUUGAUUUGGAGAAUAUGAAAGUUCCCUCUCUGCUUCAGAAGCUUCGUUUGCAAGGAAAGUUAAAUCAGUUGCCAGAAUGGGUUCAAGGUCUUCAUCAUCUUGUUAAGUUGGUUCUUUCUGGCUCAGAGUUAAUGGUUGGAUAUGAUCUUUUGAACUUACUGAAAGACCUACCAAACUUGUUGUUCCUCUCUAUCACUAGUGAAGCUUAUAAAGGUGAAAGCUUGGAUUUUCAAGACAGAAGCUUUAAGGCGUUAGAGGAACUACAACUCGGAUCUCUGAACAACUUGAAUUCCAUCACUGUCGACAUUAAUGCAUUGCCUUCUCUGAAAAAGCUCUGCUUCAGGGAUAUCCCGCAACUCAAAUCAAUACGUUUUAGCCCCCAACACUUAGAGAAUCUUCAACAUUUCUAUUGUGAAAAUAUACCAUAUAAUUUCAGGAUCAUCAUCUCUAUAUCACCUACACUUUUUCAUCGAAUGUGUCAGAAUCCGACACCGACAUAUUGAUUAUAUUCGAUCAUGGUUUUUAAAUUGCAGUUAUUUAUCUUUUAUUAGCCUUAAAUGUUAAAUUUAUAUUUAAGCUUUGAAUGAAUAAGUGGUUCUGAGACAUUUUGAUUACACUCGUUUGUCUUGUAUUAUGCUUGCAAAAGUUACAACAGUGUCUCUUUCAUGGUGUGUGAGACCUUAAUUUUGGUUGAUUCGUGCCGUUCAUUUUGGAACAAAUAAAGAAGUUUCAUGCCUUUAAAGUAUGACAUCUCGUUAUUUAUUUUUCAUUAUGGUGGUUUCGGGUGUUGCAGUAUUGGCGAGCGGCUAUUGUCAAUGCAGGCUAUUCUGAAACUAGAGCUAGUGGAGUGGUUUUAGUGUUAACGUGUAAAUGAUUAUGUAAAUACUGUCACAAUUGAUGAUU